AUGGGGCAAAUGACGCUAGUGGGUCACCACGCUGCGAUGACGAUGGCACACACGUAUCGCAUCACGCAGCUUGAGGCCACUUCCUAUGCCACCACUUCGCAGGACUCAUUUCACAUGGAUCGGGCAUACGUGAGGGAGAAGCUCGAGCUGUUGCGCGCCGGGCUUCCCGCGGCUAUCGGAAGGAUUCUGCGUCAGCAGCAGUUGUUGAAACAGACCGCUAACACAGUAUCGCCUUCAACAGUGGCUGCGGGAAACGUCCCACCCCCUCUCCCUCCCUCGGUGGAGGCAGCGUACAAAAAGAAAUGCAUCGAGCUAAAGCGUCGCCUGAUCGAGGUUGAUGAAGAUAAUGACGCUAAACGCCUUCGCAUUGCCCGUCUCCAUCAGGGUAUCCGCAAAAUGCGCCUUGAACGCUCAUAUUUGCUUGAGGCAUUGGCAAAGCGCCAGAAGAAAAACGGUAGCAGUAUUGAUGGCUUUCCUGUAGCCUAUGAUGAAGAGAGCGAAGGUAGCAGUGAGGGGCCUCCAACGCCAAACGAGAAGCCUCUCCGCUCCAAGCGAAGCCACCGUCGCCCUGUCAGCUCACCGCCACCCAUCUUGGGACCGCAAUUUCCUCGUCCAAUCGCCCCAUCGCAAGGCCACCCAACCUCCGCGUUCGACGCUCCGGGUAACCAUCCAUUCCGCGAGUCCUCAUACCAGCAAGCCCCAACUACAAACGGUCAUCCUGGCAUGCACUACCAGUCUCACCAAUCACCAUACGCAUCCAACAUCGGCCGUGACCAACAACAGCAGCAACUCCUACCACGUGCCGCUCCGCCUCUAAACGCCUUCGAAGAUUUCCUCGAGAACUAUGUCCAGGCGCGUCCUAACGAAUACCCAGCUCGUGACCAAGAGGAGCUGCUCCAAUACGCCCGCGGUGCAUGGGAUGAUCCGGCCAAGGUUGAAUACCGACGUGUCUACGAGGAGAGAUACGGGCAUCGCUUCCAAGAAUACAUGGACAGCGUGAACGAGCUAGAGGAGCGUGAGAGGUACGAGCGUGAGCGUGAGCGUGGCUACGAGCAGAGAGGCAGAGCUGGACGCUACGAAGAGAGGGAAGUGGAGAGAGAGUUGCCGCCGCCACCACCGCCACCACCUGCAGCAGGGGCUGGCGCCCUGGGGGGAUUCACGAGCAUCAAUGCUUGA